AUGAAACAGAAGCUUGAGUGCAUCAUCAAGAAUGAUACAGCAGCAUAUCGAAAAAUUUCAGUUAUGUUGGUGAAUAUUUAUGCAUCACAGUCGAUGAAUUUCAAAGAUUCUGUAAAGCUUGAAUGCGAAAACUCGAACUACAAGCUGUAUGUUGAUGUUGUUGUGAAUUUACUGGAGAUGUGCCUAAGCUAG